UGCUUUGCUUGGCCAAGACGCUGAGACAGAGCUCUCUCUCUCUCUUUCUCUCUGAUCACUUUCUUUCUAGGGUUUGAGCUAGCUGCGACAAUGCCUCCGGAGAAACGCAAGCCUGAGGAGGAACCGGAAGCGGCUAAGAGCCCCGCGGUGUCCACUCAUCAUGAGGUGACUCAACCUGCUUCCGCUCCGCCUCCGUCGACGACUCAGGCAACUUCGAGCGAAGUAGCUACCGGUUCGCCGGCGAAGUCGGGCCCCUACAAGCGGCGUGAGAUUCCGGCGAGGAAGAGAACCAAACGAGGUGAUGGAAAGAAGACGGAAUUUGAACAAGGCGAAGAGCUCGAGUCCGGAGAUGGUGAGGAAGCCAAGUCCAACGUCCAAGGCACCAAAGCCGGAGCUGAAAAUAAGAAUUCCGGUGGUGGCGAGGCUAAGAGAUCGAGGAAGAGUACUCAGCACCGUUCGUUCGUGACAAGGGUCAAAGCUGCAGGUUUGGAGAGUAUAAACCCUCUCAAGAAGCGACAUAAAGAUGGAAGCGAGGAAUCAAAAUAUGUUUUCGAGGACUUUGACGAGGAGUUUAUAGCUGAUAAUGAUUCUUCAUGGGAUGAUGAUGACUCAUUGGAUGGAGAGGACUCAUCUGAAGGACAACAAGAGAGCCUCAUCCUUGUUCAUGAGCAUCGUUACAAAGACAAUGAACAGGAAAGUAGAGGUCUCUGUGCUUUGGACAGAAAUUUGGUCACUGACCUUGCCUACUUGUCCGACAAGAUUCGUGGCCUAAGUGAAGAAUACAAAUGGAAUGGAACUUACCAACUGGAGUUUAAGGGUAUCAGGCUCAAUCAACAAACUGGUAAUUUCGAAAAAGAAACAAUUUGGUAUACUCAGCCCGAGACCUUUCCAGAUUUCCUUAAAAGGGUUUUUCACAUCAAUCUGUAUCAAAUCAGCUCUGGUGAUGGAGAGAAGACUUCUGCCAACUCAAGUGCUACUGAUGAUGUAAAGUUCAGAUUGUCCUCGAACAACGAUCCCUCUACCAAAAAAGAAGCCAUCAAGGAUGACAAAAGCCACAAGAUUAUAAGCAAGGAGUUCCAUCCAUACUUUGAAUGGUCUGCAGAUGCUGAUGCCGACCUUCCACCUCUGCAAUGUCCAUUAAUUGAUAAGGAGGGAAAUAUUGACAUGGCGAAGUAUGAAGACCUAAUUUCACAUACCCUUAUGCACUUGAUGCUUGGAAUGUACACAGAGAAUGAAGCUAAGGGGGUUCUGAGACAUGUACUGAAGAAUGAAAUGGAAAUCACAAUGGAGGAUCAUUAUUGUGGCAAGUUGUUGGAGCUGCUGGUAUUAGACAAACAUGUUAGGCUGUUUCGACCUGACUCCGGGGAGACAGAGACAGAGCUGAUGAAGAUCGCCAGACCAACAAUGAAUUGGACUAUUGAAAGGUUUAUUGUGUGCGAGUUGAGUGCUGCUGAAUUGGUAAAGCGCGAUUAGCAUUUAUUUCUUUGUUAGACGUCUG